CUUUUGCUAUGUAUUAACAAUUUUUUUUUUUUGUUUGUUUCAUUUGAAUUACAUUUAGUGUAUUUAUACGUUCAUAAUUAUUUGCAUAUAUGCUUUUGUAUACUUAUAUAUUUUGUUAGGGAUCUUUAAGGCUUUUAAAGUUCCUUGGCACAGUUUCAGAUUCACCCUCCAGCCAUAAAAAUGCUAUACUAUUAUACUAAGAUUGGUGAUGCAAUAUUCAGAGAGAGGAGGAUUCACAGUACAAACAUCAGGCACUACAUUCCUUACGCCGUUCUACUAAAUUUGGGAAGUGGACUGUGUGUCCUGAUUUUGCAUCAGAUCAAAGAAAACUCAGAUUAAGGUGAUGAUCAAGACGAAUCAAACAGUGGUCAGAGAAUUUCUCCUCAUGGGAUUCGGAGACCUUCAAGAGCUCAAAAUUCUAAUCUUUGUCAUCCUUCUGGUCUUUUACAUCAUGGCUCUAACGGCAAACUCCAUUGUUGUCAUCUUGGUUAUUGUCAGCAAGAAUCUUCAUUCUCCCAUGUACGUCUUUCUGAGCCAGCUGUCCUUGUCUGAGAUCCUCUUCACCAGCAAUAUUCAGCCCAUUAUGUUAUGGUUGUCACUGGUAGGCGGUGGAAAAAUACCCAUUACCGGGUGUCUUUUAAAUUUCUGUCUGAUAUCGGUAUGUGGAAUCACUCAAUGUCUCCUUUUAAUCGCCUUAUCAUUUGACCGGUAUGUGGCGGUUUGUAAGCCAUUGCAUUAUACGCUCAUUAUGACUUCUAGACUUCAACUUCAGAUUGUCGCUUUAUGUUGGUCAAUGGGAUUUACGCUCUCGUUUGUACUGUAUGCUUUUUUGGAUAGGUUAGAAUUCUGUGGUCCACAUAUUAUCAAUCAUUUUUACUGUGACGUCCCUCCUGUUUUAGAACUUUCAUGUUCCGAUAUUUCUUCUGCCAAGCUGGUCACUUCCAUGUUGUCGAUUCCUCUUGUUCUCUGUCCAUUUAUGUUUAUCGUUGGCACCUAUGUUUUCAUCUUUAACACCAUCCUGAAGAUGACAUCCUCCAUCAGGAGACAGAAGGCCUUCUCUACUUGUAGCUCACACCUAAUUGUAGCUUGCCUUUACUUUGGAAGCUUGGGGACUGUGUAUAUUUUUUCGCCAAAAAGCAGUCCCUCCAAUUCAAACAAGUACCUGUCUCUGGUAUAUGUCUUUGUCACCCCAAUUUUCAACCCUCUUAUCUACAGCUUAAGGAACCAGGAUAUAAGAGGGGCCAUUAUAAAAUAUAUUCACAUUUUCUGUAAAUGGUAAAUGAAAUAAAGAUUCUUCAAACUAUUGUAUUAAGAAAAUGCCAACAUAAAGGGCCAGUCCAUUGAUUUUCAGUUUCUUAUAGAUGGAGUGUUAAACUCCCCUGACAGCUUCUUCUAUCUUUUAGCCAUACUAGUGAGAUCUCUGCUUGGAGUUCCCAGACACACCUUUUGUGGGGCUACCACUAUCCAUGCUGGAUUUUUGUGUUUUAAAUUUUAGAGAAUAAAACAGAAGGAGCUGAAACAUACAAAGGUGGGCAUAAGCACCCAAAACAUUCAGGUGGGCAGAAGUCGGGAACUGUGAUGAACUGUACUUUCCUGGAUUUGCUUCGAGCAGGGUUCAGCAAACUUCAAAGAAGCUUGGAUGCCAAACCUGAACCCCACUGAAAUCAAUAGAAGCCAAAUCUGUCAAAUUAAAACUUCCCAUUUUCUGGGCUAAUAGGCAAGGGUUAUCAAAAAUAGUAUGCUGGGGAAAAAACUGCAAUUGUCAGAUACAAUUACCGUAUUAAUUUUUUUUUGGAAACCAAUUUUUUUUAAGUUUUUACUUUUUUUUUUGCAUUGACUACUUCAAAAUAAACAAUACACACUUUUAUUAAUACCAAAUAAAAGCAUUAAUUGCUUUUAACAAUAAUUACGGAAUGCA